AUGGAGCUCCUACUUCACCCUCCCGGCCUUAGCGAUAUCUAUCUAGAUAGGGGAUGUGGUCUGUUUUCUCCUUUAAUCAUCAGGCCACGUAACGGUCAUUCAGCUAUUAUAAUAAUUGUAGUUCCCUUGCUGGAAUAUGUACGAUCUAUCAGGGCAUUUCUAAAUAAUAUACUGCUUAUCUGGGACUGGGAUAUGCAGGAUGAAGGAUACUAUGAACGCCUUAUAGGGAGUUGGGAGAAGUCCAGGUGUCCAGAGUGCAAGUGCCAAGAUUAUCUAGAUGAAGCUACUAGAUUAUGGGAUUUCGGACUGUUACUGAAUGGACUGGAAAGAUACAGAGAGGCAGGAAAGAAUCUCCGAAAAGCCGUAGAGGUUUAUGGAACAGCUUUAAGAAGCAUGGACACUAAUCAUAGCCCUUGGAUAGAGGCGGAUGGCGAGGCGCUGAGGGUAAUGAAUGAUCUACUUACCGACAUUAAGUGGAAGGGUAACGAUGGCGAGACGCCGCUAUUCUGGGCCGCCGACCGCGGGCACGAGGCCUUCGUGCGGCUGCUGCUCGACAAGGGCGCCGCCGUCGACCCGAAGGCUAACUAUGGCCGGCCGCCGCUAUCAUGGGCUGCCCAUGACGGGCACGACGGCCAGACGCCGCUAUUCUGGGCUGCCCGGGGCGGGCACGUGGCCGUCGUGCAGCUGCUGCUCGACAAGGGCGCCGCCGUCGACUCGAAGGCUAACUAUGGCCGGACGCCGCUAUCACAGGCCGCCGAGGGCGGGCACGAGGCCGUCGUGCGGCUGCUGCUCAACAAGGGCGCCGCCGUCGACUCGAAGGAUAACUAUGGCCGGACGCCGCUAUUCUGGGCUGCCCAUGGCGGGCACGAGGCCGUCGUGCGGCUGCUGCUCGACAAGGGUGCCGCCGUCGACUCGAAGGAUAACAAUGGCCGGACGCCGCUAUUCUGGGCUGCCCAUGGCGGGCACGAGGCCGUCGUGCGGCUGCUGCUCGACAAGGGCGCCGCCGUCGACUCGAAGGCUAACAACGGCCGGACGCCGCUAUUCUGGGCUGCCCAUGGCGGGCACGAGGCCGUCGUGCGGCUGCUGCUCGACAAGGGCGCCGCCGUCGACUCGAAGGCUAACAACGGCCGGACGCCGCUAUUCUGGGCUGCCCAUGGCGGGCACGAGGCCGUCGUGCGGCUGCUGCUCGACAAGGGCGCCGCCGUCGACUCGAAGGCUAACAACGGCCGGACGCCGCUAUUCUGGGCUGCCCAUGGCGGGCACGAGGCCGUCGUGCGGCUGCUGCUCGACAAGGGCGCCGCCGUCGACUCGAAGGCUAACAACGGCCGGACGCCGCUAUCACAGGCCGCCGAGGGCGGGCACGAGGCCGUCGUGCGGCUGCUGCUCGACAAGGGCGCCGCCGUCGACACGAAGGAUAACUAUGGCCGGACGCCGCUAUUCUGGGCCGCCGAGGGCGGGCACGAGGCCGUCGUUGCCCAGGGCGGGCACGAGGCUGUCGUGCGGCUACUGCGCGCGGCUGCUGGAAUCAUAUAG